ACAGAAGUGAAGUUAGUCUUCCACACCUAGAUUUUAUUUAAGGACCACGCCGGAGCCUGCCCGACCUUUAGAAAGAAGACUGGCACGAGGAGAUGCGUUCCUUCUUAGUUCUCCCAAGUCAUGGCACUUCCCAGCAACUUCCUGUUGGGGGUUUGCUGCUUUGCCUGGCUGUGUUUUCUUAGUAGCCUUAGCUCUCAGGCUUCUACUGAAGAAUCCCAGACUGGAGCCAGUGAAAAUUUGGAGUCUGAGGCAGACCCCUGGUCCUUGCUGCUGCCUGUAGAUGGGACUGACAGGUCUGGCCUCUUGCCCCCCCUCUUUAAGGUUCUAUCUGAUAGGCGAGGUGAGACCCCUAAGCUGCAGCCUGACUCCAGAGCACUCUACUACAUGAAAAAGCUCUAUAAGACGUAUGCUACCAAAGAGGGGGUUCCCAAACCCAGCAGAAGUCACCUCUACAAUACCGUCCGCCUCUUCAGUCCCUGUGCCCAGCAAGAGCAGGCUCCCAGCAACCAGGUGACAGGACCGCUGCCAAUGGUGGACCUGCUGUUUAACCUGGACCGGGUGACUGCCAUGGAACACUUGCUCAAAUCGGUCUUGCUAUACACUCUGAACAACUCGGCUGCUUCCUCCUCCACUGUGACCUGUAUGUGUGACCUUGUGGUAAAGGAGGCCAUGUCUUCUGGCAAGGCCCCCCCAAGAGCACCGUACUCGUUCACCCUGAAGAAACACAGAUGGAUCGAGAUUGAUGUGACCUCCCUCCUUCAGCCCCUGGUGACCUCCAGCGAGAGGAGCAUUCACCUGUCUGUCAACUUUACAUGCACAAAAGACCAGGUGCCAGAGGACGGAGUGUUUAGCAUGCCUCUCUCAGUGCCUCCUUCCCUCAUCUUGUAUCUCAACGACACAAGCACCCAGGCCUACCACUCUUGGCAGUCCCUUCAGUCCACCUGGAGGCCUUUACAACAUCCCGGCCAGGCCAGUGUGGCUGCCCGUCCCGUGAAAGAGGAGGCUACUGAGGUGGAAAGAUCUCCCCGGCGCCGUCGAGGGCAGAAAGCCAUCCGCUCCGAAGCGAAGGGGCCACUUCUUACAGCAUCCUUCAACCUCAGCGAGUACUUCAAACAGUUUCUUUUCCCUCAAAACGAGUGUGAACUCCAUGACUUCAGACUGAGUUUUAGUCAGCUCAAAUGGGACAACUGGAUCGUGGCCCCGCACAGGUACAACCCUAGGUACUGUAAAGGGGACUGUCCCAGGGCGGUCAGGCAUCGGUAUGGCUCUCCUGUGCACACCAUGGUCCAGAAUAUAAUCUAUGAGAAGCUGGACCCUUCAGUGCCAAGGCCUUCGUGUGUGCCCGGCAAGUACAGCCCCCUGAGUGUGUUGACCAUUGAACCCGACGGCUCCAUCGCUUACAAAGAGUAUGAAGAUAUGAUAGCUACGAGGUGCACCUGUCGUUAGCAUGGGGGCCGCUACAACAAGCCUGUCUGGCAGAGCGAUGCUGUGGGUCUUAGAGUGCCUGGGCAGAGAACUUCCUGUGAACAGUCUCUCCGUGCUGCUCAGUGCACAUUGUGUGAGCGGGGGAAGUGUGUGUGUGGAUGAGCACACUGAGUGCAGUAUCCGUAGGUGUAAAGGGCACACUCACUGGUCGUUGCAGUAAACCAAGUGAAAUGUAACUCAUUUGGAGAGCUCUUUCUUCCCACGAGUGUGGUUUUCAGUGAACAAAUUUGUUAGCAUAAGUCUCGAGUAGAAUGCAGCUGUGAACACGUCAGAGUGCUGUGGUUUUAUGUGACGGAAGAAUAAACUGUUGAUGGCAUAAAU